CGCAGCCCAAACAGCUGGUCAGAGGUGGCGCUUAGCAGAACGCCUAGGAGGCUAGGAGGCAAUCGGACUAUAAAGAAAAGGCUGUAAACGCCCAUCUCAAGCUCAUCUCAUACGUCCCCACCUAAAUCGUGCAAAUCACGGCUUGGGUUGGGUUAGGAUUUUGUGCUAAAUCUGGCCGCACGCCGUAUUGAGCCAUUGAGCCAUUAAUGUAGAUCUAGAGGAGGGAGAGCGUUCGGUCCGUCCCCGCCCUCGACCCACAAGCACAUCCGGCACACCGGCACACCGGCACACCGGCACACCGGCACACCGGCAGAGCGGCACUGAUACUGAAACACCCGAAUCCGUGGGCUUGGUCGAAGCCAUGACGGCGCUCACCUUUUUCGGGGCCGCCCUGACGGCCUUUGGCCCGGCCCUCUCGCUGUUUGUGUUAACCAUCGCCCACGACCCCGUGCGCAUCAUCGUCUUAAUCUUGAGCGCCUUCUUUUGGCUGCUUUCGCUCUUGUUCUCGUCCUUGUUUUGGACGGCCGUCUACCCGUUGCAGCACGUGCUCGCCUUUGGCCUCGUGUUCUCCAUCCUGUUUCAGGAGCUCUUUCGAUUCUUUCUGUAUCUCAUGUUGCGCAAGGCCGACCGAGUCAUGCGCAAACUCACCGAAAACGAACACACCCAAAUCUUCAGCCACCCGCACAUUUUGGCCUACGUGGUGGGGUUGGGCUUCGGAAUCAUGUCCGGCGCCUUUUCCCUCGUCAACGUCCUAGCCGACAGUGUGGGCCCGGGUACGGUCGGCUUUCAGGGCGAGUCUCAGAACUUCUUCAUGAUAUCGGCCAGCUUAGGUUUAGCCCUUAUCCUGUGCCACACUUUCUGGGGCGUGAUUACGUUCGUGGCAUUUGACGACAAGAAGUAUCAUUGGGUGGCCGCCGUGUGGAUCUUGCACUACCUAUUUUCAUGUUUAACAUUAUUCAAUCCCUCGGGUUGGUAUGUGGCAUCAGUAUUACCCGCCUACAUCAAUUUGGGCGUGUCUGGAGCUUUGGCAUUUUCCUGUGCUGGCGGAUCAUGGUCUCGUCUCAUCCAAUGUCUACCCCGACCUAGCCCAACCCCGGCUUAAUCUCAUUCUUUCACGUACCCACGUGGCUCAUCAC